AUGGAAGAUAAAUUAAUGAGUUAAAAAGAGGACAUUAUAGAAAUAAACUUGGAAGAGAGAAUCCAAUAGCAGAAAAGAAAUAAGCAGAAUGUUAGAAAGGGAUACUAAGAGAAGAGAUAGAAAUUAUAAGCGUUUUUAGGCGAUAGACAUAGAAAUGACAAUCACACUCCUGGAACAAUUGUUGAUAUCACAAACUUGCAUUACAUUGGCUUAAUAAUUUGGGAAGGUGAAGAGGGCUUAGGUAGAAUGGGACAAAAUGGGGAGAUCUCUUGGAAUAAGGUUAUAUCGAGUUUUUUUAUGCAUCUGAUGCAAAAAAGGGCAAUUGAGAGCUUAAACAACACAACGAUUGAGAGUUUGCCGAUGAAAGCGUAACUAAGAGAUUAAACUACGAGAAGAGGCAUGUUCAAGCGAUGA